ACCAAGAGUUAAGUGCCUAAAAUCCACCAAACCAAACAAUAACCAAAAUGAAGUGCAUCAUUGCCGCUGUCGUCAUCGCGUUUGCAGUUGCUGCGGAAGCCAGCUGGGGACCAUGGGGAACCGUUGUCCAGGCUAAUGUUCCAUCGUGGCCAGCAGCCCAUUGGGAUGGUGCUUGGUCGAAUGCUGGUGCUUACGGUGCGUGGCCAGCUGCUGGACACUGGGACGGAGCAUGGUCUGGUGCCGGGCAUUGGGGAGGAGCUUGGCCAGCCGCUGCCCACUGGGGUGUUCCAGCUGCUUCGGUUGCCCAUCAUGCUGGAGUUGUCCCCGGAGCGGUUUCCGUGAACGCCAACCGUGGGGCUGUCCACAUUGCUCCACUCGCGGGGCAUGCUAUUUCUCAGAAGCAACUGAACCUCGCUCCAGCCCCGGGAACUAUCUAAGAUAUAAAACAUCAACAGAAUGUUGAUAAACGGACUUUUCUACAAACCGAUGAACUGCCAAA